GUGUAUUUUAACCUUACGUUCUCUGCCGCUAUGGAUCCAUCGCAGACAAAGAAGGACACGUCUCCAUUGUUUUUGUCACUUCCUGAUGAUAUCAUCUUGACCUGUUUAGCCCGCAUAUCGAGAUCAUACUACCCGAAACUCGUCCUAGUCUGCAAGAAAUUUCGUUCUCUCAUCGUCUCAAAAGAGCUCAUCGAUGCACGAAUUCAUCUUGACACACAUGAAACCGUAUUUCAAAUCCGUUUACAGCUUACCAAGAAUCAUUUUCCCUCUUGGUACACCCUCUGGAUUAAACCUGGUCAAAUCCUAACCAACCAACUCGAAGAGAAGAAGACGACGUCAAACAAAAAUAUUCGGUUGGUAAAAAUACCUUCUUGUUAUUCUUAUGUACCAUCUCGCAUCCGUUGGCCUGGUUCAGAAAUGUAUGGAAUCAGCCUAUCCAGUACUCCGUCCUCCAUCAUGGAGUUCCAAAACAAAGAGACUGGGUUAUGGUGUAAAGCCCCCGACAUGCGUGUAGCUCGAGAGAAAGCUAUUGCAGGCGUCCUUGAUGGCAAAAUAUACGUAAUGGGCGGUGCCGGGGCUGACGAAUCCGUCAACUGGGGUGAGGUUUUCGACCCAAAGACUCAAACUUGGGAAUCUUUACAUGACCCUGGGGCUGAGCACCGGUUUUCUUCAAUUAGAAAAAUAGGUAUGAUAGAAGGAGAAAUUUACGUUCUAAGCAAUGAGGAGUGGGAUUCUGUUUAUGAUCCAAAAGAAGGUAAAUGGGAUGUUACAAGAAGAACAUUUGUACACUGUAUAAUAGAUGAUGUAUGGUAUUAUUAUGGUCAAGAGAGCUGCUUAUGGUAUGAUACAAAUAGUGACCAAUGGAGAAUGGUCAGAGGUUUAGCUACGUUUAAUGAAAAUUGUGGUUACCGUAUGAUUGACAUAGCUAACUACAAUGGGAAACUUCUAAUCUUAUGGGACAACAAGCAUGAUUCAUUUCUAUUAAAGGAUAUUUGGUGUGCCGUGAUUACACUUGAAAGACGCAAUGGUAAUGAUGAAGUUUGGGGAAAUGUUGAGUGGGCUAGUAUUGUACUUACGGUUCCCAGGUCAUAUGUUUUCUUCUGUGGUCGAGGAUUUGAGAGUUGAUCAAAUCUAUUCAUGUUUUUGUUUCCAUGAUCAAUAUUGCCAAUGGCUUUUUAUUUUCCUUUCCUUUAUCCUUUAGUGUACUAUUGCUUUUAUAUUUAAGUUAAACUAUUGUCAACUUUAACGAGAAAUACAUCCAGCUAGAAAAUAACAAGUUUUAGACUUACUUGUAACUACUAAAUGAG